UGGUUAUCCAAAAUUUAACCUCAACUUAAAACAAUGGCAAAUGCGGAUUUUUCAGUAGAACCCCGCCCCGCCCAUUCCAUUGCCAUACCUACUUCUAGUCAAUGGAGAGGGAAGAGAGCCUGAGAGAUUCACAAUUUCACACUUGAUACGCGUUGUUCCACGCGCCACCCAGUCAGCAGUAAUAGUAUAUUAUUAUUAAUUGAAGAGCAGAGUCAUCCCAUCAUUCAUACACGGUCAUCUCUUGACUUUUUAUUUUAUUUUUAUAUUUCCCAUCUCUCUCUCUCUUUAUAAGUUCUUCUUCUUCACCUUCACCUUCACCUUCUCCUCUCCUCUUCUUUCCUUCUUAUCUCUCUCAAGCUGCUGCCUCUGAUUCAUUUGAUCCUGUUUCUAAAGUUCUAAAGCCAGGUGAGCUUGGAACUGAUUUAUUUUGAAGAUAUUGAUUCUAUUUGACAUUAAAAGCCACAUUCAAAUAACUUCGUACUGUCAUGACUUGUUUUCCUUUCUUAUUUGGUAAGAAAGUGUCGUCUGAUGUAAGACGAGAUCCUGAAAUUGAUGAAGGACUUUCUGGCAUUCGAAUAAAAGUCUAUACUUACAAACAACUAAAAAUUGCCUCUGACAAUUUCAGUCCGGCUAAUAAAAUCGGGGAGGGUGGUUUUGGUUCUGUCUUUAAGGGAGUGCUAAAAGAUGGGAAGGUAGCCGCUAUAAAAGUUCUUUCAACGGAAUCAAAACAAGGGGUGAAGGAAUUCUUGACAGAGAUUAAUGUGAUUUCAGAAAUACAGCAUGAAAAUUUGGUUAUACUCUAUGGUUGUUGUGUGGAAGGAGAUCACCGAAUAUUAGUCUACAAUUACCUUGAGAACAAUAGCCUUGCACAAACCCUUCUAGCUGGAGGUCACAGUAAUCUCUACUUUGAUUGGCAAACACGAUGUAGGAUAUGCAUUGGAGUUGCACGUGGACUUGCCUUUCUCCACGAGGAAGUACAACCACAUAUUGUUCACAGGGAUAUAAAAGCAAGCAAUAUUCUCCUUGACAAAGACCUUACACCUAAGAUUUCAGAUUUUGGUCUUGCAAAACUUAUUCCAUCAUACAUGUCUCAUGUCAGCACACGCGUAGCAGGAACAAUAGGUUAUUUGGCACCAGAGUAUGCAAUAAGGGGGCAGUUGACACGUAAAGCAGACAUUUACAGUUUCGGGGUCCUUCUUGUGGAAAUAGUCAGUGGGAGAACUAACACAAAUACAAGAUUACCAAUGGGAGAUCAAUACAUUCUAGAAAGGACAUGGGAACUGUAUGAGCGAAAGGAAUUGGUACAGUUGGUAGACAUAUCACUAAAUGGAGGAUUCAAUGCCGAGGAGGCUUGUAAAUAUUUAAAGAUUGCUCUUCUUUGCACUCAGGAUACUCCUAAGCACCGCCCAACCAUGUCUUCUGUGGUCAAAAUGCUCACUGCAGAAAUGGAUGUUAAUGAAAGUAAGAUAACAAAACCAGGCUUGAUUUCAGAUGUUAUGGACUUGAAAAUUAGAGAACCUAAAAAAAAAAUAGGCUUGGAGACUUUUCCAUCUUCAUACAAUGCUUCCUCUAGUUCAGAUAGCCAGGGUACUACUAUAUCAUUGGCUGCUUCCAGUGCUGCAACAACUUCAACCUUCACUUUAAAACAUGAUCAAAGCAUGUAAACAUCAUUAGUCAUCAGUGAUUUUCCCUUUGAUUUAAGAUUAUUUUAUUUCUUUUUCCUGAGCCGUGUUAUCUCAUGUAAAUUUGUUAACCAUUCCAUAGUUCUGUAUGUUAAGUUUAUUUGGUACGGUGCAUCUAGGAAGUUUUGCAAUAUGUACUAUCUUGUAAUUUUUGGACAAAGGUUGCAAUUAAUUUAAUUAAACUGUAAAAUUGAAGAAGUUUUCGUUUUUUGAAUCCA